AUGAAUGAAGAAAUUGGAUUUAAUUUACAGGUUUUGGAUUCGAUGAAAGGAUUGAAAAAACUCAAUUUAGAAUACAAUAAUAAUAUUGAUCCAAACGGAAUUAAGUAUUUAGGCUCACUGAAACAAUUGACUGAUCUCAAUAUAUCUUGUUGUUACAUUGGAUUGACUGAGAAUUUGAGUUAUUUGACAUUAUUGAAAGCACUAACUCAUCUUGAUAUAGCGAGUAAUAAUAUUAGUGCAGAAGGAGCCAAAUGCAUUGGUGAAAUGAAGCAAUUGGCUAAUCUUUCUAUUGGUUCCAAUGAUAUUGGAACAGAAGGAGCCAAGUAUAUUGGUGAAAUGAAGCAAUUGAAACAACUUCAUAUUGCUAAUAAUAAUAUUGGCCCAGAAGGAGCCAAGUACAUUAGUGGUCUUGAACAAUUAACUUAUCUUGAUAUCUGUUUAAAUGAUAUUAACGAAUAUGGAGCAAAGUGUAUUAGUUAA